UCGGUACCGCGGCUUAUUGAUCAGCGGUCGGAGGAUUUUUUGAUCGCUAGCGUUAGUUUUGCUAAGACAGCUCCGCCGCUGUAGCAUUUCGAGCGAUAUGAUUUUCUUGGUUUCUAACAGCGUUUAAGAGCAGCGAGCUGUCAGAGAGCGGAUAGCCCGGUGACACCGCUCGCACCUCAGCCGAGCCGCUUUGGCAACUUUCAGCCCUCUUUCUCGCCUCGAACCUCAAAGUGAAGCGUUUUUAUUUUUGACGCGGAUGCCUGUAAGCGCCGUUAGACUGCGGCCAGCGGUUUACUCUUCAGCUUUUCUUUCUUUUCCCGGUCUGUUUUCACUCCUUUCGGUCGAGGCGUGAGUCUUUUCUCGUUCAUUUGACCGUUUUAUCCCUGAAACGUCGUGUUUUCGUCAGGGACAACAAAGGCGAUGGGUUUUCUCUAACGGUCGCCUCACCGUUGUACCAGCGUCGUUAACGUAAAAAAAGCGAAACGCAGAGAGAAGCGCGUGGACGGUCCACGCUCGCGGUGUUGUGAAAGAGAGUUAGCGUGAACGUGAACGCUGGUUCCUCACACGUUUCACUGUUUACCUGCCACGGAGUGUCUUCUCGGACAGAGUAAGAGCGGAUAGGCAGGGAAGGAUUCAACUCUAAUGGUGCUCCACUUCACCCGAAACUCCUCGGCUGCCGUGCUCACUGGUACCGCGUUAGAGCCCCGAGCUUUUUAAACGCAACUGAUGGACCUCGACGUUUCGCCGGCUGGUCCGGACUGGGCUGUCCGUCUUUAGGCUACUUGUCUUUCCACGCCGUCCCUGACAGGCUGGAUGAAAUGAGAUCCCCAUGUAGCGAUUGCCAUGGAAACCUGUGACUCCCCUUCUCUCUCAAGGCAGGAAAAUGGGCAGAAGAUAUCAAAGCUACGUGAAACGCCACAUCUUGAUAAUGAGGUGCCAGAGAAAGUCCCUGGGAUGGAGCCUGACAAGGAAAACAGCCCUACGGAUGACAACCUGAGGACGGACGAGAGCCGGCGAGAGAUUGCAUUGGGACUGAGUGCAGAGAAUGCAGCUGCCACCCCGGACACCUCCACUAAAGAGAUCCCCUGCAACGAAUGUGCCACUUCUUUCUCAAGUUUACAGAAAUACAUGGAGCACCACUGCCCAAACGCCCGCCUUCCCCUUUUGAAGGACGAGAACGAGAGCGAGGUCAGUGACCUCGAGGACAGUGAUGUGGAGAACCUGACAGGAGAGAUAGUUUACCAGCCCGAUGGCUCAGCUUUCAUUCUUGAGGACUCCAAAGAAAGUGGCCAGAACGCCCAGUCAGGCGUCAAAAGCCUCUUUUCCCCAGCACUGUUUCCAAACUCCCAAACUGCUGCGGGGGACAAGACUGAGCAGUCUGCCACUGCCCCCAUGUCCUUUUACCCACAGGUGAUCAAUACAUUUCACAUUGCUUCAUCCCUCGGGAAACCAUUUACGGCCGAUCAGGCUUUCCCAAAUACCUCAGCAUUAGCAGGAGUUGGUCCUGUGUUGCACAGUUUCCGUGUCUACGAUCUCCGACACAAGAGUGAUAAAGACUAUCUUACCAUUGAUGGCGCAGCCAAAAACUCCUGUGUGUCCAAAGAUGUUCCUAACAAUGUGGACUUGUCCAAAUUUGAUGGUUGCAUAAGCGAUGGGAAGAGGAAACCCAUUCUGAUGUGUUUCUUGUGCAAGCUGUCUUUUGGUUAUAGUAGGUCAUUUGUAACCCAUGCUGUGCAUGAUCAUCGAAUGACCCUCAACGAGGAGGAGCAGAAGCUCCUUAGUAAUAAGUAUGUCUCUGCCAUCAUACAGGGCAUUGGCAAAGACAAAGAACCUCUUAUAAGCUUUCUGGAACCAAAAAAAUCCAAUUCUGUGUUACCCCACUUUUCUACUGCAAACUUUAUGGGCCCUGAUCCUGGCAUUCGCAGCCUGUGGAACGCCUUCCAUGCGGAAAACGGUGAUUCUUUGCAGGCUGGUUUUGCCUUCUUGAAAGGAAGCGCCAGCUCGGCUUCCUCCUCUGCAGACCAGUCGCCCAGGAGUACCCAGAUGCCAAAGGCUGAGAUGAACCUUGGUGGCGCCUCGGCGCUCAAGUCUCCCGUUAGUUCUGCUUCCCUCCAGGGCUUGUCACCAGGGGCCAGGGACCAGGACAGCAACUGUGAGCGGCAGAAGGACGCUAGCACUUUGCAUUCAAAUGGGGAGUUCCCCAUCAAAAGUGAACCCGGAGAUGCAAUUGACGCAGAGGAUGAUGAAGACAUGUACCUAAAUGAGCUUGACGAAGAUGGCGUUGGUGAACUGAUGGACAGUACCAGUAGCAAAGAUUUCCCUCUCUUAAACCAAAGCAUUUCUCCUUUAUCGUCCAGUGUGCUAAAAUUUACCGAAAGGGGUAACUCCUCCUCCUCCGUGACUGUUCCUGAUGACCUAGAGAAAUCUAAGCAGGCCACCGCCAGCAGGGACUCUGUAAGUAGUGACUCUGCUAACUGCAGCGGAGGCAGCAAGGAUUACAGUGACUCCAACGGUGGCAGAGAUGGCACACCGCCCUCUCAUUCCCUUGACCUAAUACGACGAGAUGACGAGAGCCCGGGCCCUCUGCACCAGCAUGCUGCCACACCUGGAACACCUGGGACACCAGGACCUGCGGAAGGUUCUCCAGGUAGCGGCAUUGAGUGCCCCAAGUGUGACACAGUCCUGGGUUCCUCACGCUCCCUUGGCGGCCACAUGACUAUGAUGCACUCGCGCAAUUCCUGCAAGACACUCAAGUGCCCCAAGUGCAACUGGCACUACAAGUACCAGCAGACCCUGGAUGCCCACAUGAAAGAGAAGCACCCUGAGUCAGGUGGCUCGUGCGUCUACUGCCGCACAGGGCAAGCCCAUCCGCGUCUAGCCAGGGGUGAGAGCUACACAUGUGGCUACAAGCCUUUCCGUUGCGAGGUGUGCAACUACUCCACCACCACCAAAGGCAACCUCAGCAUCCACAUGCAGUCAGACAAGCACCUCAACAACGUGCAGAACCUUCAGAACGGUGGCCCAGAGCCUGUCUACAACCACUCAGCACCUGUUUCUGGGGCCAGUGUGGGUAACUGUGGCGUGCCCUCGCCCUCCAAGCCCAAGCAGAAGCCCACUUGGCGCUGUGAGGUGUGCGACUACGAGACCAACGUAGCGCGCAACCUGCGCAUCCACAUGACCAGUGAGAAGCACAUGCACAACAUGAUGCUCCUGCAACAGAACAUGAAGCAGAUCCAGCACAACCUCCAUCUGGGCUUGGCGCCAGCCGAGGCUGAGCUCUACCAGUACUACCUGGCCCAGAACAUUGGCCUAACGGGCAUGAAGCCAGAGAACCAUUCGGACCCGCAAUUGAUGAUCAACCCAUUCCAGAUGGACCCCAGUGCUGCAGCUGCUGCUCUGGCUCCUGGGUUUGUAAAUAAUGAGCUACAGGCAGAGCUGCGUCUCGCGAGUGGUCAGCUAAUGGGUGAUGACCUGUCCGUCCUCUCUGCUGGGGAGCUGUCGCCUUGCAUCAGCGACCCGCUGCUGAAGCUCUUCCAGUGUGCGGUGUGCAACAAAUUCACCUCGGACAGCCUGGAGGCCUUGAGCGCCCACGUGGCAGCUGAGCGCCUGCUCCCAGAGGACGAGUGGAGGGCCGUGAUGGGCGACGUCUACCAGUGCAAGCUGUGCAACUACAACACCCAGCUCAAGGCCAACUUCCAGCUUCACUGCAAGACCGACAAGCACAUGCAGAAGUACCAGCUGGUGGCCCACAUCAAGGAAGGCGGCAAGGCCAACCAGUGGCGCCUCAAGUGUAUUGCCAUUGGCAACCCUGUGCACCUGAAGUGCAAUGCCUGUGACUACUACAGCAACAGUGUGGAGAAGCUGCGGCUGCACACCACCAACCAGAGGCAUGAGGCAGCACUCAAGCUCUACAAGCACUUGCAGAAGCAGGAGAGUGCCUGUAGCUCGGACUUGUGCUCCUACCACUGUGCGCUGUGUGACUACUCCAGCAAGGCCAAGCUGAGCCUGGUGCAGCACCUGCGCUCGCUCAGGCACCAGCAGAACGAGGGCCUGCGCAAGCUGCAGCUGCACCAGCAGGGCCUUCCGCCAGAGGAGGACAACCUGGCAGACGUUUUCUUCGUCAAGGACUGCCCUUCAGCUGAGACCGAGGAACCAGGUGAGGACACCGAGGGACCCCGACGAGCUUCCUCAGCCGAGGACAAAGACUCAAGCGAGAGGGAAGGUCAAGAGGGCAAGAGGACAGAGAAGGACUCCAGAGUUAAUACACUGGCUAAAGAAACCCUGGGGAAUGCUGCAGCGGGGAAGCGUUCACUUCUACAGGAGAAGGAAAAUGACACUCCGCCUAAGAGGCCCAAAUCGGCUGAGGAGAAGACACUUAGCAAUGAGCACGUGCAGCAGUGCCCAUACUGUAAUUACAGUAGCAAGGACGCAAACCGUCUGCAGCUGCACAUCAUGUCCCAGCAUUCCAUGCAGCCGGUCAUCUCUUGCCCCCUGUGUCAGGAUGUCCUCAGUAAUAAGAUUCACCUGCAGUUGCAUCUCACCCACCUCCACAGUGUAGCUCCAGACUGUGUGGAGAAGCUGCUUAUGACAGUUGCAGGACCAGAUAUUACAAUGCCCAGUAAUUCAUUGAUACCUGCACCAGUACAAGACAAAGCACCAUCUUUGAUGGAUCCUUCAGCUGUUGUCCCUGAGGGAUCUGGGAAACCCAUGGGAAACGGCUCUAAGGAUUUGAAAAAUAGCACAGGCCCAGAAAAAAGUGAGCUUGAGCUUGCCAGUGAGGAACUCAAGCCACCAAAAGAGGCUUCUGAGGCUCCUGACUGGAAAAAAGCCAGUGGGCAUGAUAGGAAAAGCCCAGACUCACUGCAGGAACACCUGAGUGACCUGCAGAAGCGCCAGCAGCUCUCAGUCUCAGAUCGCCACGUCUAUAAAUAUCGCUGUAACCACUGCAGUCUGGCGUUUAAGACGUUGCAGAAGCUUCAGAUACAUUCCCAGUACCACGCCAUUCGGGCAGCCACCAUGUGUAGCUUGUGCCAGCGUAGCUUCAGGACAUUCCUUGCCCUCAGAAAACACCUGGAGACUGGCCACCCGGAGCUUAGUGAAGCUGAAGUGCAGCAGCUAUGUGGAAGUCUGCCCAUUAAUGGUGAUAUCACAGAGAGUGAGGCCAGAGCCCUGGAAGAGGCACAGGUCUUUGAACAGGAGAUGGAUAAAGAUGAGGAGCUAGACCAAGAAGGGAAGGCUAGUCCAACUGGAAGUGACAGCAGCUCCCUUCUCGAUGACAUGGGUUCUGAACCGAAGAGGACACUGCCUUUUAGAAAAGGUCCAAAUUUCACCAUGGAGAAGUUUUUAGACCCCUCCCGUCCAUACAAAUGUACAGUGUGUAAGGAGUCGUUCACUCAAAAGAACAUUCUUCUAGUUCAUUACAACUCUGUCUCACACUUGCAUAAGCUAAAGAAAGUUCUCCAAGAAGCCUCAAGCCCAGUUCCCCAGGAGACCAGCAACAAUGUUGACAACAAACCAUACAAAUGCAAUAUAUGUAAUGUUGCUUAUAGCCAAAGUUCUACCCUCGAGAUUCACAUGAGGUCUGUCCUUCAUCAGACUAAAGCCAGAACUGCCAAGCUGGAGACUAGUAGCAGUGCUGCAAGUGGAGGAAGCGGAGCUGCACCAGCUAACAGCCCUGUACCAGUCAGUCAGGGAAACACGGAAUCUGUGAGCUUACCAGUAUCGUCUAACAAAGAAAACACUGUAGAUACCAAAGAAGUCAACAUUAAACAAACUACUGAUCAUAUUGCUGUUCAGCCAACUCAUCAAUCGACCCCAUCACCAGCACAGCUCCAGAUGCAACUGCAACAUGAGCUCCAGCAACAGGCUGCCUUUUUUCAGCCACAGUUCCUGAAUCCAGCAUUUUUCCCUCACUUCCCAAUGACACCAGAGGCUUUAUUGCAGUUCCAGCAGCCACAGUUCCUCUUCCCAUUCUAUAUUCCUGGCACUGAGUUUAAUAUCAGCCCUGAGCUAGCACUGCAUUCGGCUGCCUUUGGGAUGCCUGGCAUGACAGGGUCAUUCCUUGAGGAUCUAAAGCAGCAGAUGCAGCAGCAGCACCAACUAGGCCAGCAGCAGCUUCAACUUUCUCAGCAGCAAGCUCAACAGCAGGCCUCGCAGUCCCAGAUACAGCAGCAGCAGCAGAAAACACAGCAGAGCCACAAGCCUAAGUCAGAGCCCAACCACAUUGCUGUCUCUGAGAUUCAAAUGUCUAGGGAGGCUGAAGAGCACCUGGACAAGCAAGAGAGCAAAGCAAAGCAGGAGACUGUCAAUGAUACUGACAAUAUGAAAGACAACAAAGAUUCCAAAAAGCCUAAAUUCUCAGAACCUUUAAUUCCUCCCCCACGUAUCAUCUCUGGAGCCAGAGGUAAUGCUGCCAAAGCCCUUCUAGAAAACUUUGGCUUUGAAUUGGUCAUUCAGUACAAUGAAAACAGACAAAAAAGCCAAAAAAAGAACCGAGAAGAAGAAAUAAAUGACAAAUUGGAGUGCAGUAUGUGUGGCAAGUUUUUCUCCAAUAUGUUAAUCCUCAAGAGCCACCAGGAGCAUGUCCACGGUCAGUUCUUUCCAUAUGUGGAGUUAGAAAAGUUUGCGCAGCAAUACAGGGAGGCAUAUGACAAGCUCUAUCCCAUAAACCCACCCUCUCCAGAGACCCCUCCUCCACCACCACCUCCACCUCCUCCACCCCCAGCUCCAGUGAACACUGUUCCUGCCACCACGACUGUAGGAAAGACACAGACACCAACUCCAGCACCCCUGCAGGCUCCACCGCCACCACCACCACCACCUCCUCCACCACCUCCACCACCCAGCGCACCUCCACAAGUGCAGCUUCCUGUCUCUCUGGACUUGCCAAUUUUUCCACCAUUGAUGAUGCAGUCCGUGCAACACCCUGGGCUACCCCCACAGCUCGCUUUGCAGCUUCCCACAAUGGACUCUUUAUCUUCUGACCUCACACAGUUAUGUCAACAGCAGCUGGGACUGGAUCCAAACUUCUUGCGGCAAUCCCAGUUCAAGCGUCCUCGCACUAGAAUCACAGAUGAUCAGCUGAAAGUCCUCCGUGCUCACUUUGAUAUUAACAAUUCUCCUAACGAGGAGCAGAUCCAAGAAAUGGCAGAGAAGUCUGGACUUCCACAGAAGGUCAUCAAGCACUGGUUCCGCAACACACUAUUCAAAGAGAGGCAAAGAAGCAAAGACUCCCCUUACAACUUUAACAUUCCACCCAUGACUACGUUGGAAGAUGUUAGACUUGAAUCCCAGAUAAAUGCACAUGAAUACUAUAGGGCUGAUUCUGCCUUGAACAAGAGGUCAUCACGGACUCGUUUUACAGACUACCAACUAAGAGUUCUUCAAGACUUCUUUGAUACCAAUGCUUACCCCAAGGAUGAUGAGAUCGAGCAGCUCUCCACUGUUCUGAGUCUGCCCACACGUGUGAUCGUGGUGUGGUUCCAAAAUGCUCGCCAGAAGGCACGAAAGAGUUACGAAAACCAAGCAGAUGCCAAGGACAAUGAAAAGAAAGAGCUAACAAAUGAGCGCUACAUCAGAACCAGUAACAUGCAGUACCAGUGUAAGAAGUGCAGUGUCAUUUUCCCUCGGAUUUUUGACCUCAUCACCCACCAGAAGAAACUGUGCUACAAAGAUGAGGAUGAUGAUGGUGCAGAUGAAAACCACUCUGAGGAGAGUGAAAACCAUGAGCAAAAUUUCACAAGGCAGUCAGAGUCCAGCAGACAACCCUUUGCAACCAGCUCUGGCUCCAGCUCCCCCCUAAUGCCAUCCCCUCGACCUGAUGUGGGAAAAACCUCACCCAAACCUGAGCUCUCCACUGAGAAACCGAAGCCGACAGAGACUGUCCCUACACAAGCAGCAAAACCCAUGGCUGAUCCGAGACCCUCUAAAGCAUCCACCCCUCAGCCUCCUCCACAGAAGAUCCCUCAGCCACAAAUGACAAGACCCCACUCCCAACCUCAGUCUGCAGCGGUCCCAUCAAGCCCUCUAUCCAUUGCACUGUCCUCGCUUACCAAUAGCCUGCCUCCUCAGAUGUUACAGUACCAAUGUGACCAAUGCAAGAUUGCUUUCCCAACUGUAGAACUGUGGCAGGAACACCAGCAUAUGCAUUUCCUUGCAGCUCAAAAUCAGUUCCUGCAUUCACAGUUUUUAGAAAGGCCACUGGAUAUGCCCUACAUGAUCUUUGACCCCAAUAACCCUUUAAUGACAGGCCAGUUACUCUCUGGAGCACUUUCCCAGUUGCCCACACAAAGCAGCUCUGGCCUCGCUACUGCUACUGGCUCUAGUUCCAUGAAGCGUAAAUUAGAUGACAAAGAAGAUGGUCACCAUGAAAAAGAUGGUGUCAACAGUGGAGAAGACCAGCAUAGAGACAAACGCCUGAGAACCACUAUCACACCAGAGCAGCUGGAGAUCCUCUAUGACAAGUACUUACUUGAUUCUAACCCAACACGAAAGAUGUUAGAGCAUAUUGCUCAUGAAGUGGGACUGAAGAAAAGAGUAGUUCAAGUUUGGUUUCAAAACACCCGUGCCAGAGAGAGAAAAGGUCAAUUUAGAACUGUUGGUCCCUCCCAGACUCAUAAGAAGUGCCCUUUCUGCAGGGCCCUCUUCAAGGCUAAAUCAGCCCUUGAUAGCCACAUACGCUCACGGCAUUGGCAUGAGGCUAAACAGGCAGGUUUUAGUUUGCCUCCAAGCCCAAUGAUGCUUCAGGAUGAGGGAGGUGAAAGCCCUCUUAAGUACAGUUUUGAAUAUCUGUCAUUGCCACCAAAGUCUGAGACAAAUGAGUAUGAGUUUCCAGCUGCAUCCUCCACCCCAGUCAAAUCUUCUGAGGCACAGAUAAAAAACUUCUUGAGCCCUUCAUCCUUAAAAGCAGAAAACAGUGAUGAGAUUGAAGGGCUUACUAUGAAUUCUGCAGAGGUCUCUUGUGACACCAACAAAAUUGAUUUUGAUGAGACCUCAUCAAUUAACACGGCUAUAAGCGAUGCAACAACUGGAGAUGAGACUAAUAAUGAGGUGGAGAAUCUCACAGCCAAUGGUGGAGAAAAACUGGGUGAGAACAAAAUGAACCCAGCACAAAUCUCUGAGGCAAUUGAAGACAGAUUCCCUUUCAAUAUGGUGAGCCCUGCUCUCAGUUUCUCUGGCAGAGAUAGUGAGCAUUAUUUCAGUUCCAGAGAUGAUGACCUAGAUGACAAUGCUGAUAAAAGUGAGACGUCAAGCUUAGCUGACCCAAGCUCACCUAGUCCAUUUGGAGGCGCAAAUUCCUUCAAGUCUACAAAAAGUGGUGGAGAACGACCGGGACACAAGCGUUUUAGGACCCAGAUGAGCAAUCUACAGCUUAAAGUCCUCAAGGCUUGCUUCAGUGACUACCGCACUCCCACAAUGCAGGAGUGCGAAAUGCUGGGCAAUGAAAUAGGACUCCCGAAACGUGUCGUGCAGGUCUGGUUUCAGAAUGCCCGUGCAAAAGAAAAGAAGUUCAAAAUAAACAUUGGAAAGCCAUUCAUGAUAAGCCAAGGUUCUCCUGAUGGACCGAGGCCUGAGUGUACUUUAUGUGGUGUGAAGUAUACAGCUAGACUUUCUAUUCGCGAUCACAUCUUUUCUAAGCAGCACAUUGCAAAGGUGCAAGAAACCCUAGGCAACCAGGUAGACAGAGAAAAGGACUAUCUUCCACCUACCACUGUCCGCCAGCUUAUGGCUCAACAAGAGCUUGACCGUCUGAAGAAGGCAACCGAUGUGCUCAGCUUGCCAGCCCAGCAGCAACCUGCAGUGGACAGUAAUGCACUUCAUGGCCUUAGCCUGCCAACUGGCUACCCAGGAAUAUCUGGCCUCCCACCAGUCCUUCUUCCUGGUGUCAAUGGGCCAUCAUCCCUUCCAGGUUUCCCACCAAAUACACCUGCUUUAGCGUCUCCUGGUGCUGGCAUGCUUGGGUUCCCUACUCCAGCCACCCCUUCUCCUGCCAUGUCUCUCA